UUUCGCGUCCAUUUUUGAUGCAGGAUCAAAUGUCAACAAAAGCGUGCUGCAAGACUACACGUGUCAUCUCUUAGGGACGUCUUUCCUGCGCUGUUACGAACUGUUCAAGGACUAUCAAUCGUGCCAGAAGGCGGUGUCAAGUCGUGGAAUCCAAUGGGUCAGAACAUCGACGACGUCGUUGCUGCCAUAGAGGAUUUCAUUGCUGUCAGUCAACCGAACUACAAUUGGUCUAAACUAUCCGAGACUAUGGACACUGUACUCAAAGCGUGGACGUCUAUGCAACGAACAAAGAGAAUAUCUCACGCAGCCAAACUCUUGCAAAUCGCAUCUACUUACAUUACGCCACAACGACCGAAGUACUGGAACGACGUGCAAGCUGUGUUUUACAUUGCGGAUCAAGUGGCACGUCUGUUGAAUCAGCAGAUGGAACAGAUUCUAAAAAAGGGGCAAGUCUUGGUGUCACAUCUAGGAUUAGAGAUCCCCAGUCUCACAUCUGUCAGUCACAACAUUUUGAACUUCGUCCCCGAUGCCAUCAACAUUGCUCUCGAGGUGGUCAAAACCGAAUUGGGUCCCGUUAUCGAAAAAUUGACAGAUAAAAACCUUAAAACCAUUUACGCUCCCUGCCACAAAGGUCUGUUUGCUGACUUCCUGUCGGUGCGGAAAAAACAGCCGCUAAUUGACUUCGAGAAAAACCUUUGCCGAAGCAUACCUGCUCUCACGUCAGAAUUUCUUGUAGAGCCUCAUCUAGCGGCAAUAAUGACCAUGCUUCAAGUUGUGAAUAGUGGACAAGCCGUCUCCUUCAACUGGAUAUCAGCUGGAUCAAACUUAAUCAAGCUGACUAGGAAUGCUGACCACAUGAGCAAAUUCAAUGGUGCAGUCUUUCCAGAUGUUCCCGCUCUAUCAUCAUCAGCGUUAGAUGACGCGUUAAAUAAUGUUAGGGCAGCUCUUGGACUUCCGGGCAGUACUCACUCUUCAGUCCUGCUGCAAGGUUUCAAAGUUGUCCGGCACAUUUUCAAUGAGCUUGAUAGGAAUUUGAAUGACAGCCUCUCCGCAUACUUAGUAAACGUCGAGCCGUUCAUCGCUCACGCUAAAGAAGCACUGUCGCUCAGCAACGGAAGCCACCCAAAAGUGAUUGAAGAGCUUUUUGCAUCGGAACCUGAUGUUGCUCCCUUGGUUCAUUGGGUUGAGACCUAUCUGAUGAAGUUCAUUCAUUUAUUACUGCAUACACUCAUGCAUGACCCAGUCAAGAUGGCAAUUUUCAACAAUUCUGCAGAUAUCAUGAGUGUAGCAUGCAAUUAUCCAGUCGAUGACUAUUUUUUGUUGUCGCCCGAUGACCUUGAUAUUGCACGCACGGCGAUCAAACACCUCUGCGCAAUCAAUAUGUCAUCAGUGAUCAAAUGGGCUCAGGAAAGGAACGACAGUUCAAGCGUAGGAAGACAAUUAGACAGUGAGACCUUUUUCGAAUCUGUUGCAGACGUUGUUAGUAGCAUGUAUGGUGCGGAAGACACCCCACCUUUUGCAAAUAUAUCCGUUUGGAGACAGCUUAUUGAAGAAUGCCUGGGACAUGACCGGAACGAGAGAAGGACAAAACUGGAGUCCCUAAUGAAAGGCGCAGCCACUCUGAUGCAUAAAGAGCGGUUCUCUAGCCUUGAUAAUGCGCUGCAUUUGACUGCCUGCAAAGCCAAAUAUUCGUUGAGGAACCUAAAGUGGGACUUUUUGAUGGAAGCAUGGAGUGGACAGCCCAACGUCAUUGCCAUUCUAAAAGCAAUAAAUGGAAGUGUCGACAUUCUGAACGCUGUGAUUGAUACUGUCUGUGAGCCAGACCUAGUAAAAACCAUAGUGUUGGAAAUAGCCACGGACCUAAAUGGUCGGAAGAAGUUCUGUUCUAUGAAGGUUUCUAAAUGGAACAAGUAUUUUGCAUUGAAGGACGAAGACAUAAGUCUUCUCGCUAAACAUGUACGCCAUUUGGUUUGUGAUUUCGACUACAAGGCGCUCACUGAAGAACUCAAGUCUAUAUGUCUGACGAGGCCAAUGUUACGCAGAGACACUGCUUCGUCCCAACUUGUAGACGAUACCAUGACAGUAUUAGAUCAUAUCGACCACGCAUUUCCAAGCAGCACUGACAAAAUGCCACCGUUUCUGGAUGCAAAGUACUGGAAAGACACAGUUAUUGCAUUUUGGAACCUCCUCAAGAACGGUCUGGUGAAGAUGGACCUAACAGAGCUCAACAGCUGGUUGUCCCUGCUGGAUAGCCAAAUCUCCAGCAAGAAAUCUCGACAAGAAUUUUCGCUCGCAGUUCAUGGAGCAAGAACAGCGGCGUUUGAGAUGCUUCGAGGUUUCCAAGGUGAAUAUUGGGCAGGCAGUAGGAUCUCCAACAAUUCAUCUGACCUCCCUGAAAUGUAG